GUCGGCAUGCAGGGUCAGAAGGGCGAAGACGGUGAUAAAGGUACAAUCGGAGAUCAAGGCCUCGUCGGUGAGAAAGGCGAAGUCGGCAUGCAGGGUCAGAAGGGCGAAGACGGUGAUAAAGGCACAAUCGGAGAUCAAGGCCUCGUCGGUGAGAAGGGCGAAGUCGGUGAUCAAGGCCCAGUCGGUGAGAAGGGCGAAGUCGGCAUGCAGGGUCAGAAGGGCGAAGACGGUGAUAAAGGCACAAUCGGAGAUCAAGGCCUCGUCGGUGAGAAAGGCGAAGUCGGUGAUCAAGGCCCAGUCGGUGAGAAGGGCGAAGUUGGCAUGCAGGGUCAGAAGGGCGAAGACGGUGAUAAAGGCACAAUCGGGGAUCAAGGCCUCGUCGGUGAGAAAGGCGAAGUCGGUGAUCAAGGCCCAAUCGGUGAGAAGGGCGAAGUCGGCAUGCAGGGUCAGAAAGGCGAAGACGGUGAUAAAGGCCUCGUCGGUGAGAAGGGCGAAGUCGGUGAGAAGGGCGAAGUCGGUGAGAAGGGCGAAGUAGGUGAGAAGGGCGAGUAGGUGAUCAAGGACCAGUUGGUUAGAAGGGUAUGUAGAAACUUUUCAUUUUAAAUUUGUUCGUUUUGUUGUUAAACAAUUUUAGGAGGGUAGAAAUGAUAUUGGACAAUUAUCACGUUGCAUCACUAUUGACAAUUGUAUGUUUAGGUUUGACUUACUCAUGUCCCGGUUUGUUGCUUUAUGUAGUUUUAUUGGUUGCACAGCGAUAUCAAUGCUAGGUUUCUUUCCAAUUUUAGUAUUUCAUUAAAUUGUAUUUGUAGGUUUUGCGUGUAGCAGAUUUAUUGUUUUAUUGAUUUAUAUAAAGUCGCAGGAUUUGGUUGUA